AUGGCCGUUACAGUCCCAGCAAAGCGUGGCUACGUCGUCAGUGCUGCACCGCCGGGCUCGAGAGUACACGGACAAUCUGCUCUUUCGCCUGAACAUGUUACUUUCCAGCGAGUCGACCCUCGACUGGUCUAUGCUGUCCCAACCCCCUCUCAAACACUGCCGACUCCCCCGUCCGCAGAGUCCCAGGAUGCAAAGAGGCGGCGAUUCAAUGGCAAUGGUGUUUAUGUGCCUACUCGUGAAGUUUAUCCGGAAGCAUCGUACUCUUAUGCCAUCUCCCCAACCACCAGUGGUUUAUACGCACGUCAAGAAGUCAUGCAGCACCCCCAACAGAUCCCCGUCCAACAUGUCCAGAUGGCCAAACCGCAGAUGGUGUCGCCUCCUCGAGCAGCAUACCCUCGACCUCCACAGCUGCAACCUAUCCGACCACCUCCACCUCCCCAUCAGCGAAAUCGAUCGAGUGUCGCCUUACCUCCUAUCGAGACAAUGGUUACACAGACUCCGGUGAAGACGCCGUCUACACAGUCUCAGAGCUCUGGAGUCGAGGCCAUGAUAAUGUCCAUCCCAGUGUUGAACAAAAUCAAAGUACUCUCUCAGAUUUCCGGUCCGUUACCGGCGCCAGGUCUCACCUCACCGAAACCAGACGUUCGAGGAGCCAUCAUUGCCGUUGAGGGUAUGGACGCAGCCAGUGUUGACAGCAUGACCAAUUCUCUGGCUGAGCAGUUGGAGAAAGAGGGCAAGUUUGCUGUAAGGAUAUUUGGAGGUCCGGAUCCAUACUCUGCGAUGCGCGCUGCAAAGACCAUUCCUGGCGGAGGGAAGAAGGGAGCCAUGACAACAGAUAUGUACCUGGAUAUAAUGAGUCAGUGGCACAAAAUCAACAAGGACAUGGUCGAGUAUAUUACUUCAAGGCCCGGGAGUGGUACACAGUCAUCCCCUAUUAGGCUCGACCACCAAGAUGAAGAUCACCCCAUGACAGAAGCGGAAGAUCACCACCAGCCACCCAUGUCGUAUGAGGCCGGCCUGCAUACGAGAACUGCGUCCCAAUCAUCCACUACGGUACAAGAAAGGAGGAAAGAUCACAUUGACUCGGCCAUCUCACCCAGGACGAUCAGCAAAGCUGCAGAUAUGUCCAUCAACUCGCCUUUUGUGAAUUCAGUCGCACACAAAGGAAGAAGCCAAAGCACACCCGGUGUGUGGACUGGCAACGAGUUGAUUCCAACUGGGUCGGAUGCGCGAGCCAUGCCGCCGAUGCUCACCUUCCCACGUCCUCUCAACUCGAAGCGGAUUCCACCUCCACCAGAUACACCGCCGCCGUCCACACCUCCGCCUCCGGCCGCCGCAUCAAACUCUCGUGAGCUAUCGAGAGUUCCCCCUCCUCUUCCAGCAUCUUCAGUGCCUCGGCCGACAUCUGUACAGCCGCUACCAAUCAGAGCCUCCAUGUCUACAUCUGGUAUCAAUUCUGGCUUACCCAUACCUAUUGCGAUUGUUCCACAUUUCCAGCUCACCACUGUCGACGCAAGCUCCGUCAGUAUGCCAAUAAGUGACGGCUUCUCCCCACCGGCUCAUUGGCAGUGGUUUGCCACACUGUGGCGAGGGAGCGUCGGACCAGACAUCACCAUCAUUAUCAGAGGAGUGGAUGAAGAGGCCGCUGAAGGGUCGGAUGCUGCCAAACAGACACCUAUCCAGGGCAACCAUGGCAGUGUCGUGGGUGGUGCUCCUGCGAAUCCCGGUAUUGGAAGGGACAGAAUCUCGAGUGUGACUUCAUCACAAUCCCACAGUGGAGGGGCAGGAGUCGAGAUUCGGUUGCAAGACUCUAGGGCUGUGAUUGUCAAGACUGGUAUAGUGGGACUGAAUACUUCGCUGGCAUCGGACAUGGCAGCUGGCGACGACGCUAGAGGAGCAAACAAGAUGACGACGGCGCAACAGGCCAAGGAGAUGGAAAACUGGGACAAGGCAAAGAGGAGGGUUGGUUUCGAGGUGGAAGAAUUUUUGCGGAGAUAA